AUGAGGAAUUGGCGUGGGUAAUGUGUAAUAAUAGUAUUUUAUAGGGGUUAAAAAGAUAAAAAAAAGUUUCGCACUUUUUUCAGAUUUUAUUUUCAAUCCACCCCCUGAUUCCUGCCUCCAUGCUUCAACGCAGAGAGAGAGAGAGGGAUAGAAAACAGAGAAAUAGAGAAGAGGGCUUCAUAACAAGAGAAACUGAAAACACGAGCAAAAAAAAGAAAAAAACCCUAGGAAAUUGUGAGCUUCCGAUUUGGAAGCAUUGAAGCAUUGCAUUUUGAGAUCUCAAUCCUUCAAUCCCCGAAAGGAACAGUUUGUCCUUGGCCAUGGCGAAUUCCAAGGGGUCAACAAACAUAAGAAAUUUGAUGUUCUCUGGAAAGCAUGCUUCACUUCCUCCAAAAAGUCCAUUUCCUACAGUCUCUCCAACAUGUACUGAUUAUGUCCCCAACAAUGUAAUUGGAUCAAAAGCAGUUCAAAAGCCUAGAGAGGGAAAUCCACACCACCUGCGCACCUCCUCUGAAAGCCUUUUGAUAGAGGAGCAACCCUCUUGGCUUGAUGAUCUCCUUAAUGAGCCUGAGACUCCUGUGCGAAGAGGAGGUCAUCGACGUUCAUCGAGUGACUCUUUUGCAUACAUUGAUGUAUCUAACGCUCCUAAGCUAGAUUAUGCAGCUCAGGAUGAGUACAGAUAUAAAAAUAUGAUUUCUGCACCUUCUUGGGCAUCUCAGGAAUUUGAUUAUCACAGUCACAAAGAUGCUCGGCUUGCCUCUUUCUACACUGAUGUGAACUUGGUAAAGCAAAAGAAUAGGGCAUGGGAUUCACCUUUGAAUGCUAUGACUCAUCCAAGCGGGCUUCCUUCUCUCAGAGAAAACACCAUUCUUCCAGGUUUAGGAUCAUCAUGUGCACUGCAAGAAGUAGAGGGUGCUCCAUCAACAGCAAGCGAAAAACAAGACUCUGCUGAAUCUACCCCUCUUGAUACAAAAGCUUCUUGUGAGAAAAAGGAUAAUCCUCACGCCAAGUCUUCUGCAUCUGACAGUGAUACAAAACGUGCCAAGCAGCAGUUUGCUCAACGCUCAAGGGUGCGCAAACUUCAGUACAUAGCUGAGCUGGAAAGGAAUGUGCAAGCUUUGCAGGCAGAAGGGUCUGAAGUUUCAGCUGAGCUUGAAUUUCUCAACCAGCAGAAUCUUAUUCUUAGCAUGGAGAACAAAGCUCUCAAGCAACGUUUAGAGAGUUUAGCUCAGGAGCAGGUUAUCAAAUAUUUUGAGCAGGAAGUAUUGGAGAGGGAGAUUGGUAGGCUACGAGUCUUGUACCAACAGCAGCAAAAUCAACAGCAACAACAACAGCAGCAGCCAUCAUCUAGCCAUCGACGCACUAGCAGUAGAGAUCUUGAUUCCCAAUUCACAAACCUCUCUCUGAAACAUAAGGAUGCCAGUUCUGGUCAUGACCCUGUAAGGUUGUAACUGGUCCACUCUGCAUUUUUAUAUUUAAUGUAGCCAGAGCUCUUUCAUGCCACUAGUUCGACUGGUGCCGCCAUGCUGACCAAAUUUGUUUCCCUUGCGUGGGAUAAAGCUGAGUUCAUCCAGUCUUGGUGCCCUUCCCUCUGCCUGAUCUUUCUCUUUAUCUCUUACCUUUUUUUCCUUCCAACCAAUUAAUAUCUUCAUGUGCACCUGGUAGUCAUUGCCAGAAAAUUGUAUUUCAGGCAUGUGAUUCACCUGAGGUGGUAAAAGAUAAGAACAGGUACCGCAUUUCACUCUCUUCUGUCUUUUCAUCAGUGGUUAUGAUUCAGAAAUUUUAUAUGCUCCAUUUUCUCUACAUUUCGGGUAUCCACCUAAUGGAUUCCACCUCAGUGCACAGAUCUUUAGGCUGUUUGGAUGUGCAUUGUUUAUAAUGCAUAAUGGUCGAAAAAUAUUUCUUGUAAAAUGUUUCUAACAAAAUCCAUGUUUUCCUUCUGGGUUCUGUUGGUUACAUAAUUUGCCUGGUUUUCUCCUUCAGCUUGAAGAUAGUUUGGUUUGUGCAGGUUUGCAAUCAAGGAAAUGCCCUCGCACUAUUAUUUUUUAAUCCAUCCUCCCCGGCUCCCCUCUUUCCCAUUGGUAUUAUCCGGGAUGUAUUUAUUAGUUUUCCUAUUAAAAAAAGCAGUUGUUGAAAUAAGUUGCAACUACCAUAAUUGCUAAGUCUCUCGAUCUAGUUUCAAUCUUUAAUUUUUUUGGUAAUUGAGACUAUCAGAAUUUGAAACUUAUUAUUGAAAUUAGGAGAUCAACAUUUUCUCACCGGACUACAAAACUGUUGGCAGUUUGUUGAAAGAUUUAAUUAAGUUGCAAUUUAUUUUUAUGAACUUGAGCUGAUUUUAACAUCGCUGUCGAAAAAAACCUUCCUGAAAUGCAAUUUCUUAACAGCUCAUUUAAAUUUCUUCAUUUGAUCUUAAUGCUCCCGAACAGCCAGUGUUAUUUCCUUAUUUGUCCGCAUUACUCAAUAUUUUUGGCGAGUUAAUGUGAGUUGAAAGAGAAGUACGUGUGAAAGAUGCUACUGCAUCCAGGCUGGCAAGUGGUUACCUCACAAACGUUACUGAGCUAUAAGGACGUGAACCAGCGAUAAAGCCAUC